GAAGAAAACGCCCAAGACCCCUAUGCAGACGGUUUGGCAUUCACCGACCUCAGUCAGGUCUCCUCCACCUUGUCCUCCUUCUCUCCUCCACAUCCACCACCACCCAGCCCUCCGCGCGUCCAAACGCAAAACUCGAAGCCACUUUUGGCCCGUGGCCGCCGUCGGACGGAUGUGCCAACGUCAAACGUCUCAGCACCACCCGUUCCACCCGGCCUUAAUCCAGCCUUUUCCCCACACAUGCCGCUCUCCUUGUCAGGCAAGCUGAAGUCGAUUGGGGUAUCCGUCUCUGGUAGUCUUGAUGGCGUGGACCUUCGGUCGUCAGAGAACUGCAACAAUGAAAGCAAGCAAAAUAGCGCCAUUGAUGAAAGACCGGUUGAGUGGUCUGUGCUUAGAGCCAGUAAUAAGAAGAAGAAGGAGGAGAAGAAGAAAUUUUUGCUCGUCUGGCCGAACUCCGGCGCCGCAAUGACCUUUGCCGUUGCAUUUGCUCACCAACUAUCCAGUCGAAACUCAGGUCUGUAA